UAAACCGAGAUGUGAUUAUUUCCCACAGGCAAAAAAAAAAAUUCUGAUCAGCCACAAUCCCUCUGAGUCGCGUUGAGAUGCGCAUUCACACUGAGCUGCCAGUUUCCUCCGGAGGACGAGCAGCUCCAGGGCUGAAUUACAUGCGCAGUCCUGCCGUGAAUCACACAUCACCACGGCAACCGGCGUUCACACCGAGUCCCCGUCAGCAUCAGUGGGGUCCGAUCCCAUCCACAGACAACAGAGCACCGAACACCACAUAUCCAGGAUUUGAGCAACAAGCAGCGCUGUCACAUUUGGUUAAAAGAACACAGUCUGAGUGAAUCUGACCUGAACAGUCUGUCCCUGCUAUCCAGAUCUAUCCAGGCCUUUUUUUUUAGACAGCCGAGCAGCUAUGGUGAAGCUAGGUAGCAAUCUGUCUGAUAAGCUGGAGAAGCAGCCGUCUGCGGACGACGGCUUUGAUAACAUCCCCCUCAUCACACCCCUGGAGGUCAACCAGCUCCAGCAGCCAUUUGCAGACAAGGUCAUUGUAAAGACAUCAACACAAUAUCAGCUGCCGCAGAAGAAGAAGAACAAGCUGUAUGUGCCCAAUAUCAAGAAGCUGAAUAUCAACUUCUACAGUGAUGUUUCAGAGAAAGCCAAGAUCACAGGUCUGAUCCUCAUUACAUUGGCCUUCCUGACCAGCCUGCUCCUCCUGUUGAUGUACAAAGCCAUGUGGUAUGACCAACUUACCUGCCCAGAGGGUUUUAUCCUUAAGCAGAAGCACUGCACCCCAGCAGCUCUGGAGAUGUACUACACAGAGCAGCAGCAGCAGCAGCAGGGGGUUCCGGGCGUCCGCGACGGGGCCAACACCGGGCUGUACGCCGCCCUCAGCCACCUUAACCAGGUCAAGAGGACUGGGCCGGAGCUGCCAUUGCCAUGGUUACCAGUCAUCAGUGCUCUGAAGGAGGCAGAGGUGGCCAAACAAGGAAGCGAGCCUCUGCCAGGAGGACUGGAGGGAGAGGAGUGAAGGGGCUGAUAGAAACACAGGUGUUAAAGGUGGAAAUGAUGAUGGGGAGGCAGCGUAGAUUAUUGUGUCUUUCUUCCCUCGUACAGUCUAUCGAAUCGCUUGUUUAUACUGGUGCUCCAAAUCCUUAAAGGUGUAUCUACUACACAUUUAAAUCAGCUAUGUAAACCACAUGUAUUUAAGAUGCUAAUACCCAACUGUGUGUGUGUGUGUGUGUGUGUGUGUGUGAGAGUGUGUGUGUGUGAGAGAGAGAGAGAGAGAGAGAGAGAGAGAGAGAGAGAGAGAGAGAGUGUUGUUGUGGUUAGAGGCAGGAAUGUUAUAAAAGUGUUGGAGAAUGUGCCUGACUUUUACAGUGUUACUGAGGUAUGAGUAAUCUCCGCCAUCUGCAUUCAGUGUGUGUGUGUAUGUACUGUACAC